AUGAACAGCUACCAGUACCAGCUGCAGUCCAUGUGGCAGAAGUGUUGGAAUACGAACCAGAACAUCAUCCACCACCUGCGGUUCCGCGAGCGGGGACCACUCAAGUCCUGGCGCCCCGAGACCAUGGCCGAGGCCAUCUUUAGCGUGCUGAAGGAGGGUCUGUCGCUGUCGCAGGCCGCGCGCAAGUACGACAUCCCGUACCCCACGUUCGUGCUGUACGCCAACCGCGUGCACAACAUGCUGGGCCCGUCCAUCGACGGCGGCACGGACCUGCGCCCCAAGGGCCGCGGCCGCCCGCAGCGCAUCCUGCUUGGCAUCUGGCCGGACGAUCACAUCCGCGGCGUCAUCAAGACCGUGGUCUUUCGCGACGCCAAAGAGCUCAAGGACGAGGGCAUUCCCAUGGGAUACGGCCGGCACUCGGAGGGCGCGCUCAACUACUCUGGCUCGCCGUGCACCAACGGCCUAGGACCGCAGGCUCCGCCGGUCGCCGGGCCCGAGUCCAUGUCGCCGGACGCCGCCGCAGCGGCCGCCGUUGCCGCCGUGGCGCACGGCAUUCGUCAGCAGAUCCAGAUGGCCGCCGCAGCGCAGCACCACCCCGAUGCCGCCAAUCUCGUGGCGGCGGGUGGCUUCAACUUGCCGGCGCACCUCAACAUCCACCCCAACAACGGCGGUUCGGCCAGCAGCAUCCCCAUGCCAAAGCUGGGCUCCCCGGCCACGCCGGGACAGUUGAGCAGCGGUAACGCGAGCGGCUCCAUCCCGAUGCCGCGCCACGGCUCGCCAGGCUUGGCGGCGCUGUCUGGCCUGCACGGACUGCCGGGAUUGCCCAGUGUUUCCGUGUCGACCACGCGAGAGACGGCCACGAGCAGCGGCCCGGCGUCGGGCGGCGGGCUGAACAUCACGCGCCUGGCAUCGCCGGGAUCCGCGCAUGAUCUGCGCAUGGCCAGUCCGGACGACAACUCGCUGAACUCCUCGCUGGAGAUGGCGUUGGAGCCGGCCGUGAAUCUGGCCGUGGGCGUGAGCGGUAUGUCCUACAAGUCGCGCGGCUACACUUCGCCGCGGCAGGACAACAUCUUCCAGGAGGACAUCGCGGACAUCGUGGGCGCGCCACGCUCCUGCCCGUCGCGCCUCAGCGGCUUCAAGGACGGCGGCGGCAUCAAGAUGGAGCCGGUGACCGAAUGCAGGAGCGAGUGA